CGGGAUUAAAUUAUUAAAGAGCAUUUUUACAUCAUUUUAGAUAAAUCGGACGGUUGAGAUUAAAAGUUGGGCAAAGUGUUAAAAUUUUCAACUAGAAAAUAGAAAACUCACACACUCUUCUCUUCCACCAUAGACAUUAUUUCACUCAUUUGCUUCUUCACUUUCUUCUCAGAAAUUGGAAACAUUUGUGAACUCAUUCUCUUUCUUUCUCUGUGAAAAGGGUAAGCAGAAUUUCUGAAUUUGCCUUAUAAAUAUCACAAAUCUUCAUUGUUAGCAAAUUCUUUCACAAUUUCAGAGAAAUUCAGCACCGCAACAACCUUAAACGCUUUGAUAUGUCAUCGGAUAUAAGCUAAGUUUUGGAAUUAAGCGUCAAGAACGAAAGGUGUUUGUUUAAAUGCGCGUUAAUUUUAUGGCUAUUGGGAAAUUUUGUUGUGCUAGAAGUUUUGUUUUUUCAGUGUAAUUGAGGGUUUGGUUGUGUUUAAUUUAACGACUGUGAGGUAAAGUUUGAAGCUUUUGUUGGUGGGGUGGUGGGAAUUUUGCGGUGUGAGUGAUGGGUGGGGAUCGUGUGUUACUAUUACAAACUGUUGGAAGAGAACCGCCAUUAAAACGGCGAGCUGGGUUGCGGAGGAAGCAAGCUGGAAGAGGGUCUUACAGAGGGAGCUAGCUAGUUAGGGGAAGGUGAUUGAUUGGUUCUUUCUGUGUGAUUGGAUUUGGGGGGUUUUUUCGUCUUUUUUUGGAGGUUUCAAGGUUUCUAAGUUUUUAUAAAGGGAAGAAGAAGAUGGGUAACAAUUUACAUCAACUACUCAGAAGUCUUUGUUUCAAUACUCAUUGGAAUUAUGCUAUCUUUUGGAAGCUCAAACAUUGUGCUCCAAAUCCAAUGAUCUUAACAUUGGAGGAUGCUUACUAUGACAAUUCAGAUUAUUUCGACUCUUCAGAAAAUAAGUACGGUCAAAAGACCUUGGAUCAGAUUAAGGGUGGGAAAUUUUCGCACGAGGCUUUGGGGUUAGCUGUGGCGAAAAUGUCAUAUAAUGUAUACUCAUUAGGGGAAGGCGUUGUUGGACAGGUAGCUGUUACUGGAAAACAACGGUGGAUCUGUGCAGAUGAUCAAGCAACAAGUUCUGGCUUGUCUUUUGAGUUUGAUGAUUUGUGGCAAACUCAGUUUUCUGCUGGAAUUAGGACAAUUGUUGUUGUGUCUAUAGUCCCACUCGGCGUUGUUCAGCUUGGUUCUCUAAUAAAAGUGAAUGAAGAUAUGGGGGUUAUUAAUCAUAUAAGAAAUCUUUUUUUGUCUACUCAAGAUUACUUGAUAGACCACAUUCCUAGUCAAAUACAACGUAGUUUGAAGAGCUCUUCAUCUCAGCAGGAUAUCUUGAAGGAAAAAUCAUCUUCAGAUAUUAUGCCUGCAUCCAUGACGAAUGAAACAGUGGGUGUUUUGAUGCCCCUUCAAUGUUCUGGGAGGAACAGUGCAACUAAUUCUGCAUAUUGGGAAAUGGGCGAUGAUGUGGUCAAGCACGAAGGACCCGAGCUCAAUAGUGAUGCGAGUCCCAUUUGGCUUCAGUCGGCGUUUGAUAUGAUUAAUGUGGAGCAUCCGAAAUUUGGAGAGGUAAAACCUCUAAGUGCGAGGGAGUGUGCAGGGAGCAGUGAUGGCUGCAAAAAUAUGAAAUUGGAAUCGGAACAAAAUCUAUCAUCAUUUUUGAACAAUUCUGUUAUAAAUAAUGAUGGCGUCGAUGAUUUGAUACACCAUUCAGAAAAGGCCAGAGUCGAUUCUGCAUGCUUUCCGACAGAUUUUCUUGAUGCAUAUGUUUCUGAAAGUGACAAGUCUCGUAAACACUGCGAAAAGUCAGAGUUUUGGACUGUGCCUUGUGGCAAGGAUACCUCCUAUACAGAGUUGAGUUUUCCUGCUGGCUGUGAACUACAUGAAGCACUUGGACCAGCAUCUUUGAAAGGGAGUAAAUAUUUUGAUAUGCUGGCACAGGUUAAUCAAGAUGUGAAAAUUGCGGAUGUGCCAGAUGUAGUUAACACUAGUCAAUCAACUCCAGAGCAUCUUUUGGAAGCAAUGGUGGCCAACAUUUGUCACAGUAGUAAUAAUGAUGUUAAUAGUGAAUCAUCAUUUUAUAGAUCAAAGCAAUCUGCAAUAAGUUCUGGCAAAAAACCUGAAGUUUCUAUUCAAAAUGUGCAUACUGUUAAUCCAGAAAGCUAUUCAAUAGAUCAUCCUUCUCUUUUCAGAGAGGAAAAACACCAUUGUUUGAGCUCAUCGUCAGGGAUAUGCGGUGUUAUGUCAUCUAAAGGCAUUUCUUCUAUAUGUCCUAGUGCUUGUAGUGAGCCACUCGAACGGUCAUCUGAACCAUCUAAGAACAGCAAGAAGAGGGCUAGACCUGGAGAAAGUUGCAGACCUCGUCCAAGAGACAGGCAACUGAUCCAAGAUCGAAUUAAGGAGCUGAGAGAUUUGGUUCCAAAUGGUGCAAAGUGCAGUAUUGAUUCACUACUGGAGCGCUCAAUAAAGCACAUGCUCUUUCUGCAAAGCGUAACUAAGCACGCUGACAAGCUAACAAAAUUUGCUCUUUCUAAAUCAAAGCUGCAUCAUGUGGAAGCAGACAUUCAUGGAUCCUCUAGUAGUGAGCAGGGUUCAAGUUGGGCAAUGGAGGUAGGGGGUCAUCUAAAAGUUCAUUCAAUAUUAGUGGAGAAUCUUAGCAAGAAUGGACAGAUGCUUGUUGAGAUGCUAUGUGAAGAGUGGAGCUAUUUUCUGGAAAUAGCAGAAGCCAUAAGAAGCUUAGGCCUUACAAUUUUGAAGGGUGCAACAAAAACUCGCGAUGAGAAGAUGUUAAUAUGCUUUAUUGUUGAGGUUGAAAACAACAAAAAUGUACACCGAUUGGACAUCUUGUGGCCGCUUGUUCAGAUACUGCAAUCCAAGAGCACUGUGCAGCAACAGUAACUGGUUUAUUCGUAGGAACUUCACGGCCCGUUAUUUGUUGCUGGAACUCAUUAUUGAUCAUUGAAAUGAUGCUCAGGAUUUCUUACCCUUGUGUGUUUAAGACUCUGAUUGUUGUUUUUCUCAAGUCUUGUUUGAAUAUUUGAGUGUUUGUCUGUGUUUGGCAUUGAAAUAACACAAUGCAUUGAUCACUUGUUAAUCUUAGUGCCACUUUUUAUGUUCCAGACUUAUCUUUUGAUGAUCAUUAAACAAGAUGCUCAUGUAUUGAAAUGUGAUUGUUAAUUAUCAAUAAUGUAAAAUCAAAUUUUAGUUUCUAUCAA